CUGAAAGUCUCCCCACUGCUUAGAAGGCCGAAAAAGCACACGCUUUGCCCAUCAGAUUGGGCUUUCCGUGUGCUGAACAGCGCCAUCCAGCUGCGCUCACCGUUGAAAUGCUCAGCCUUGCUCGCAGCGCCCGGCAGCGGCAUGCGCAGCGCGUGGCCUAUCGUGCGCAGCGUAGCUUCCGAGCGUGGGUGGUGGAUGCCGACAAGGGGAAGUUGAAGUCCCGUGAGGUGAAACACUUCGAGCAUGUGAGAGAGCUGCCGCAGCCAGAUCCUGAUGCCACCGUGACGGUGGACGUGAAGUACAGUGAUUUGAACUACAAGGAUGCCAUGAUUUUUCAGGGGCAGCACGGCGUCGUGCGGCGCUUUCCGUUGGUGCCGGGCAUCGACUGCGCCGGGCUCGUGGCGAGCAGCACGUCCGAGCUGUGGCAACGGGGCGAUGCUGUGGUGCUCACCGGUAACAAGAUCGGUCAGCACAGUGACGGUGGCUACAGCGAGCAAUGCCGAGUGCAGGCUGAAUGGCUGGCGCCGAAACCUGAGUCCUUGACUUUGGAGGAGUCGAUGAUCAUCGGCACCGCUGGCUUCACGGCCAUGCAGAUGGUCCUCGAGUUGCAGGACGCUGGGCUCCAGCCUGGUCCGGCACCCGUGCUGGUCCUGGGAGCCGCGGGCGGAGCUGGGUCCAUGGCGGUGGCCAUCCUGGCACAGCUGGGCUACAAGGUCGUGGCAUCCUCGCGACGAGCAGAGUCGUUGAGCAGCUACUUCCAAGAGCUUGGCGCCUUUGAUGUGAUCGGAGCUUUGGAACGUAACCCAAAGCCUCUCCAAGACCAGCGCUGGUCCGCGGUGCUGGAUUGUGCGGGUUCUCCGUCUUUGGGCACUGCCUUAGCACAGCUGCAGUACCAGGGCGCCUGCGCAUGCAUCGGCGUGGCCGGAGCUCAACAUGUGGAGGCGAGCUUGUAUCCCUUCGUGCUCCGUGGCAUUCGCCUCAUCGGUGUGGAUGCCACGCUGCCCUGGAACGUGCCCGGCUACCCUGGCGACGUUGCGACGUGGCGGCGCGACCGGGAGAAACGCUUGGAGAUUUGGCGGCGCCUGGAUGAGCUGAAGCUCCACCAGGCGCUUCGCACCAUGCACGAGGCGACCAUUCCUUUGGAAGAGCUGCCCCAGUGGUGUGAGAAGAUCCUGGCGGGGCACGUCCGUGGGCGUGUAGUGGUGGAUGUUGGCGCCUGAUCCACCCGGGCCCGGCCGACGCUACGGCGGGAAACCGCGCUAGUGAACGGGGAGCGAGCCCUACUGGUGCUCGGUUCCCUAACCACUUAUACAGUGGUUUCAGAGGUUCGAUGGCACAGAGCUGGUUCGAUGUCCUAGACAGAUGGG